CGCUGAUAGACGCCUCGGAUACUGCCUGAGGGUCCUGUGAGCAAUAACAAACAAGCGCUGUUCUCCAUUCUACUACAUUCACGACCUGUUUUUCUUUAGUACUCUCAUAAAAAUGGACGCUAUUUAAACCCGUUGUAAGAUCUGCAAACAUUUUAUCACCAGUUUAGCAUAUUCACGGGCUUUCCACAAAAUUCAAAACAUUGAUAUAUCAGACACUAGCCAUAAUUAGCUGGGUGGCAACGCAUUCUCGUGACACAGUUUUAUCUUUUUAAGCGUUCGACUUCUUAUUUGUGAGGUUUUUAUUUUUAUUAAGACGUUUUUUAUUGACUGGGAAAGGUAUUUCUGAACAUUGUUUGAAGGGCGGCGUUGUUGAACCAUGUCUGGAAUUGCUUUGAGUAGACUGUCACAGGAGCGCAAAGCCUGGAGAAAAGAUCAUCCUUUUGGGUUUGUGGCUGUACCAACCAAGAACCCAGAUGGCACCAUGAAUCUAAUGAACUGGGAGUGUGCAAUACCAGGAAAAAAGGGGACUCUUUGGGAAGGAGGUCUGUACAAACUGAGAAUGCUCUUUAAGGAUGAUUACCCAUCUUCCCCACCAAAAUGUAAGUUUGAGCCUCCGAUCUUCCACCCAAACGUUUAUCCUUCAGGUACAGUGUGUCUUUCCAUUCUGGAGGAAGAAAAGGACUGGAGGCCAGCCAUCACUAUUAAACAAAUUUUACUGGGCAUCCAAGAGCUCCUGAAUGAGCCCAACAUUCAGGAUCCAGCACAGGCAGAGGCCUAUACGAUAUACUGUCAAAACAGGAUGGACUACGAAAAGCGUGUGCGGGCACAAGCUAAGAGAUUCGCUCCAACAUAGAGCAGCAGAUGCACAAUCUAACAGCCUGUGCCCAGCCAAUUGUUCAGCACGAAAUAAAAACCCCAAAAUUGCAGUUGUUGAGUGUAAAUAAAGAUUUGAUUGGUUUUCAGCACUUAAUUAAAAGAAAGAAAAUGAAGACCGAUGUUGAUGUUGACUGAUCUGUUACAAGUGUUGUUACAUAACGUGAUGGUGAAGGUUAUUAUUAUUAUUAUUAUUAUUGAUGAAACUGGUUAAAGUUCAGUCGCUAUGGAACCAUUUUUACCCAGAGCAAAGAUGUAAUUGAUAAAGGGUUUUUGUAUAUAGCCUAUAUAAACAUUAUGAAAGUUAUUUACUUUUUUACUGUUUCAUGACAUUUCAUAUGUGUGGCCAUAUAUAUGUGAUGAGUGUAUGAAUUAUUUGAAUAAAACAGAAAAGCGGUUAAUUCAA